AUGGACAUGCGAACUGGUGCAUGUGAAACACACCCGCUCCAGGCUUUUGGGGAGCUGUACACUAAGCGGAAGCGCCACACUCUGCUCUUCCAGAACUACGAGACCUACACUCAGCUCUUUCAGGCACUUCCGGUGGAGGUGGCCACGGAAAAGAGCCUCUUGCCGUUGAUGAGGUGCUACCGCCGCAUGAAGGUGUCGCAUGAUCCCUUCGUGCGUGCGGUGGCCUGGGGCAUGUGGUCGCUAAGGGUAUCGCAGCAAGGCAAGGUGUUGUGA